AUGAGACGAUUCACAAUACGGCAUCUUAGUAGUAAUCUAAGGUUGCAAACUAAGAAACAGUUGAAUGAUUUGUCUACCAAAACCCUUAAUGACAAUACACAACAAGAAUUACCCCGAAUAAAUCAACUAGGUAUUCAAUACUUAUCAGAAUCUAUUCAUAAGAAAGUAUUCCCAACAGUUCCUAUAGAUCAUUAUCGUACCGAAAAUAAUGAUGCAUUAUUAUCCAUAGCCAAAAGUCAUCUCCAACAUCAUGAUUUGUUAGGUAAGAAGACUCAAUUAUUACCACCAAUAAAUAUAGAGAAUUUACCAAAUCUUUUGGGGAAUUCAUUGGAUGAACAUUUUUAUAAGUUAGGGAAGUAUAGUAGUGAUAGUUAUUUAAAAUCCUGUGAAGAGUUUUUGAAUUGCAAUUUACCUCCAAGACCUUCAAAAUGGUGUUUCAAACCUGGUUGGUAUAGAUAUGAAUCCAACAAAGAUCCAGAACCAGUUAAAUAUCCCCUUGAAUCCCAAUUAGUUUUUGAUGUGGAAGUCAUGUAUAAGCAAUCCCAAUACGCUGUGUUAGCAACCUGUGUAUCACCAAAAGCCUGGUAUGCUUGGGUAUCUCCAUUAUUGACUAAUUAUGCUCAAGAUUCUAAUUAUAAUGACUAUGAACAUUUGAUUCCAAUGAACUGUUUGAAUGAAGAAAAACUUAUAGUUGGGUUCAAUGUAAGUUAUGAUAGAGCCAGAAUUAUGGAUGAGUAUAAUAUUAAGCAACUGAAAGCAUUUUAUCUUGAUGCUAUGUCAUUACAUGUUUCUACAGCAGGAUUAUGUUCUCAUCAAAGACCCCAAUGGCAUAAGCAUCAAAAGACUUUGAAAGUUUCAAACGAUGAAGAUCUCAAAUCUGAAGCAGAUGAAUUGAACCUCACUGAAGCAUUGGAAAAUCAAGAAAUUUUGGCUCAAGAAUUAAUCGAUGAUCCUUGGUUAAAUAAAGGAGCUCCAAAUUCUUUAGCCAACGUUGCCAAAUUUCAUUGUGGAAUUGAUCUUGAAAAAGAUGCAAGAAACACAUUUCAAUCACUCGAUCCUCAAGAUAUAAUUGAUGAUUUUAAUAAUUUAAUGGAUUAUUGUAGUGGUGAUGUCAUUGCAACUUUUGAAGUGACUAAGAAAUUAUUCCCGAUUUUCCAACAAAAGAUUCCUCAUCCAGUUUCAUUUGCAGCUUUAAGACAUUUGGGUACUUUAGUUUUACCUACCACCAAGAAAUGGGAUCAAUAUGUUGAUUCUGCUGAACGAGUUUAUGAAGAUAAUAGAGAUCAAGUCACUAACAUUUUGAAAGAUAGAGCCAAUGAAUUAGUUGAAUAUAUUUCUCAAAAUGAUCCUUCCAAAAUUCCCGAUUUCAAUGAUCCAUGGUUGAAACAAUUGAAUUGGGAUUUGAAAUUACCAAGAUUAAAGAAAAAUGGUGAUCCAGUGGCCAAUCAAGCUUAUCUUACAGGAUACCCUGAAUGGUAUAGGGAAUUGUUCAAGACUACUGAAGACAUUUAUGGCGAAAAAAUCAAGGAAUUGACUAUAUCCGUUAGAACUAGAAUCACCCCUUUGUUAUUGAGAUUAAAAUGGGAAGGUUAUCCAUUAUUCUGGACAGAAUCCAAUGGUUGGUGUUUCAAGGUUCCAUUCAAUGACAAGAAAGAUGAUGAAUUAACCAAGAAAGGUUAUGUCAAAGCUAAGCUAACUGAAGAGGAUAUUGAAUUAUAUUAUGACGAUUUGACUGGUGGCAGUCAUGAAUUAUGGAAGGUUCCACAUCCCGACGGUGCCAAUAAAAGAUGUACAGCAGUGAUGUCCAAAACAUAUUCCCAAUACUUUUCUAAUGGAGUGUUAACAUCAGAAUAUUCUUAUGCUUCAGAAAUCUUGGACCUUAAUUCAACCGCUUCUUAUUGGAUGGGAAACCGUGCAAGAAUUUUGGAACAAUUUGUGGUUUAUUCAGAUGAUAAAAAGAAUCAAAUCGCUCCUGUCAAAGAAACCAACAAAGGAACUGAAAACUUAGGAAUUAUUAUACCUAAAUUAGUUACAAUGGGUACCAUCACGAGAAGAGCUACGGAAAAUACUUGGCUUACAGCAAGUAAUGCUAAGAAGAAUAGAAUUGGAUCAGAAUUGAAAUCUCUUAUUCAAGCACCUCCAGGGUAUAAAUUUGUGGGAGCUGAUGUAGAUUCUGAAGAAUUAUGGAUUGCUGCAUUGAUUGGAGAUUCAAUUUUCAAAGUUCAUGGAAGCACAGCUUUAAGUUGGAUGACUUUGGAAGGUGAUAAGAAUCAAGGUACCGAUUUGCAUUCUAAAACUGCCGAAAUCUUAGGUAUCUCCAGGGGAGAAGCUAAAAUUUUCAAUUAUGGUAGAAUUUAUGGAGCUGGAGUUAAAUUUGCAACCACUUUAUUGAAGAAAUGUAAUAGUUCUUUGACAGAUGAACAAGCAGUGGCCAUGGCUAGGAAGUUAUAUAACGAAACCAAGGGCCAAUAUGGAGCUUCUAAAUUAUUGAAAAGGAAGAUCUAUCAUGGAGGAACUGAAUCAGUAAUGUUCAAUGCUUUGGAAAAUAUCGCUCAUUCAGAUGAUCCAAGAACUCCAGUUUUAGGAGCUGCUAUCACUGACGCUUUAACGGCAAAGAAUUUGAAUAAAAACAAUUAUAUCACUUCCAGAACUAAUUGGGCCAUUCAAAGUUCAGGAGUGGAUUACUUGCAUCUAUUAAUUGUUUCUAUGGAAUAUCUUAUUGAGAAGUACAAAGUCGAUGCGAGAUUGAUGAUUACAGUUCACGAUGAAUUAAGAUACAUGGUCAAAGAUGAGGAUAAGUACAAAACUGCUUUGUUAUUACAAAUAAGUAAUUUAUGGACAAGGGCCAUGUUUGUUGAAAGAUUAGGAUUUAGUGAAUUACCGCAGUCAGUGGCCUUCUUCUCUGAAGUUGAUAUUGACCAUGUGUUAAGGAAAGAAGUCACUUUAGAUUGUUUAACACCUUCUCAAAAAGAAGCGAUCCCUCCAGGAGAAUCGUUGGAUAUUUAUAAAUUAUUAGAAAAAACCAAUAAUGGAGAGAUCUUAUCAGAUUUCAAAUUGGAUGACAGCAGAGACUUCAAGUACGAUGCAAAACCUUUAGUGAUUGAUAAUUUGACUAAACAUUUAGAUGAUGAGUUGAAAGUUGCUCAAGUUAAGUUAGAGACAAGUGCUGAUAAAGAAGAAUGGAAUAGCAAUUUAUUUGAAUUCAGCAAGAUUUACAAAUCUCAACCCAAAACACCCAAGAAACCAAAACGUAAGGCAGUUGAAUAUGAUUUGAUUGCUGAUGGUGAUGAAGAAUUAGAGAAAAUGAUCAAUUCACCACCACCUUAUUUAAAGAAAGGAUAUGAAGAUACGAAUUUAGAUACCAAACAAGAUCGACUAUCUCAAUUUAAGGACAAGAAACUUGUCCGCACAAAACCUUUAUUCGAUAAUUUAAAUUAUCGACGACAGAGUUAUCAAUAA